AUGACACUGCCACGCACAUGGCUGAAGACUCGCCAGAAAAAGUCCCCCAGAAACCCACCGAAUAACGUCAUGGUGAACAGUUGGGCGAGUCCAGAGUACGUAAAGAAUGGCUGGACUAAACUCUACCGCACUGGCGACAGGGGCCAUCUGACCCAACGUGGCGAGCUGGUGUUCGAUGGCAGGAUCGCAGGCGACACGCAAGUCAAGCUCCGUGGGAUACGGUUGGACCUACGGGACGUCGAGGCAAACAUCGUGCGAUUCUCAGAAGGCGCCGUAUCCGAGGCUGUCUGCUCCCUUCGAGGCGAGACCGCCGCCACAAGUUUUAUCGUGGCACACGUUCUUGCUACCAGUGCUGUCUCUGGCAACGACUGCCACGAAAACAUACAGGGUAACGAAGGUCCAGAGAGAGCGGAAGACAUGGAAAAGGUUGAUUUCCUGAGGCGUUUGCGGGACAAACUUCCCAUCCCGCAAUACAUGAAGCCCGCAAGACUCAUCCCGUUGCCGACCAUACCCAUGACGGUGCACGGAAAGAUUGAUCGCGUAUAUAUCGCGGCCAUGCCGUUGCCUGACGCAGCCACUGACUGGUCUGCCGUUGGCCACCACGAGCUGACAGAUGUCGAGAACAGGAUCGGGGCCGUGUGGGAGCGCUUGCUGCCCCGAGAGACGUUGCCUUCGCCUCUGAGCCCGUCCUCGGACUUUUUCAUGCUGGGCGGCAACUCACUCAUGCUUGUAGAGGUGCAAGCGCAUAUCCGAGCCGAUCUCAGCGUCAACAUCUCUCUGCGUGAUCUGUACCAGUGUGUUAUUCUCUCAGAAAUAGCCGCCAAGGUGGAUGAGUUGAUGGCUGUGCAGGCGUUGGACUGGGAAGCCGAGACGACUCCACCGCGUAUGGGAGAACUUGUCAAUGCCUCCUUCAGCGAAGAGGUCACUAUUCAAACGGAAAUGAAGUCAGGUCAUGUGGAGAUCAUUCUGACGGGUGCAACCGGUCAUCUGGGACCAUAUAUCCUCACACGCUUGCUGUCGAAUCCCGCCAUCACAAAGAUUCACUGCAUUGCUGUUCGUGAUCCUCAAAAGCUCCAGGCGCUCCUUGCAAACAGCAGCAUCACCGCGGGAGCAGACGCAGCAGACAGGGUCAUAAUCCACCCCGGCGACCUGACCCAACCGGACCUGGGGCUCACUCCCGACACCCUCGCCCGUCUUGCCACCACUGCAGCAGCCAUUAUUCACGCCGGCGCCGCUCGUCUAUCCUGGGAGACCUACGCCGUGCUGCGCCCCAUGAACCUGGAUCCCACACACGCCCUGCUGCGCCUCGCGGGCCGGCGGCACAUCCCCGUCCACUUCGUGUCCAGCGGCGGCGUCUUCCCGGCCACGCACGCGCCGCUCGAGAUGACCGCCGCCGAGCACAUACCCCCCGCGCUCGGCGCCGACGGCUACAUCGCGACAAAAUGGGCCGCCGAGCGCAUGCUGGAGCGGGCCGCCGCCGGAGGCCCGGGGGAAACUGAUUCUUCCGAGGCUGGUCUCGGAGUCCCCGUACGCAUCUACCGCACUGUGCGGUGCGCCGGGGAAGACCCGGCGUCAACGUUUGGUGAUGAGUUGCCCGAGGACAUUGCCGCUGCUAUGGCGGCGGCGAGCGUCGAGAGCAUGACUAUGCUCGACCACGGCGGGUAUGCGUGGUCGGGAUGGUUUGAUCUCGUGUCUGUCCACGAGGUUGCAGACCGGAUCUGCGAUGCCGUUGCGAGGGAUUUACCAUUCCAUGCCGACCCCGACGAAGAGACGGCAGAGCGUACGUGUGAGCCCGCCCUGCCACACGUCGCGUACACAAACAUCGUGGGAUCGUACCGCGUGUGGAAGGUGGACCAGUUGCAUCAGCUCGUGCUGCGCCCCGAGAUCCAGGCCAACAUGGGCAGGUUCAAGAUGGUGCCCCCGCAGAUCUGGCUGGGGGUGCUGAAGCGCUCGGGUUUCCCGUGGAUGAUGGGUGCCAGUGAGGCGGCAUAUAAGGACUGGGUUCAAAAUCGGCGUUAA